UUCUCUCACACACAACUCAACACAACAAAACAAUCACAAAUAUUCAACUUUUUUUAUAUCUGAAUUUGUCUUACCACCAUGGUUGAUCAACCAAGAACAACAGGAUCCUACACAUAUGGAGGAUCCUAUGAUCCCAACAUCAACCAACCUUCACGCCAAACUGUGAAAUUCUUGACAGCUGCUACCAUUGGUGUCUCACUUUUGUUCUUGUCUGGACUAAUCCUUGUUGGAACUGUCAUAGGCUUAAUCAUUGCAACCCCUCUUCUUGUUCUCUUCAGUCCUAUCUUAGUUCCAGCUGCUAUAAUCCUAUCUCUCAUUGCUGGUGGAUUUUUGUUCUCUGGUGGUUGUGGUGUGGCUGCUAUAGCUGCAUUGUCAUGGAUAUACAACUAUGUCUCUGGUAAUCGUCCUGCUGGUUCGGAUACUCUUGAUUAUGCUAAAGGGAUGAUUACUGAUAAGGCUAGAGAUGUGAAGGAAAGGGCUAAGGAAUAUGGAAAUUAUGCUCAGGGUAGAGUACAAGAGGCUACACAAGGGUCUUAUUAAUAAUGGUUGAUUUGGCUUCUACCCUUUACCAUUUGCAUGUUCACUUCAUGCAUUUAAUGUCACCUUCUCUGUUUGUAUCUUUUUAAUUUAUUGUGUUCUAUGUUAUUCUGCUGUUUUUUUUUUUUUUUUUGUAAUAUUUCCUAUGUUUUUGGAGUUAAAUAGUUCGUCUUAUUUGUGUAAGCAUUAUGUUAGUUAAUUAAUAAAUCACUAUCUCUUUUGUAGCUAAAGUAUUUCCUCUUGUUUAAGAUAUGUGAAUGUGAUUUGUGUUAGAAAAGAUAUGUGAAUGUGAUGCAGUAAUGUUUCCUCCCUUAA